UUAACUGCCCUUCUUCAACAGCUGGAUGAUGGUCGGACGCUGAAGAAGUCGUCAUCAUGCUCGACCAUCUACCUGGAUGACUCGACCGUGUCGCAGCCCAACCUCAAGAACACUAUCAAGUGUGUGGCACUCGCUGUGUACUACCACAUCCGCAACCGUGGCGACAACCGUGUCUUGGAUAUCUUUGAUGAGAAGCUCCAUCCCCUGACGAAAGACGGUGUACCUCCCGACUACGACCGUCACAACCCCGAACACCGACACAUCUACAAGUUUGUGAGGACUCUGUUCAACGCUGCUCAGCUCACUGCAGAGUGCGCCAUUAUCACACUAGUCUACCUGGAGAGUUACAUUGAUGUCAUUGACAGGAAUGAGCUGGAGCGUCAGUACCUGGUGAUGAUUCAGUUCAACAUCAAUGUGCCAUCAUCGGUGUAUGCCAAGUAUUACUUCAGCUUGCGUACGCUGGCCGAGGCCAAUGAGCUGACUUUCCCGGCCGAGACACUGAGCAAGGAGCGGGCCCAGAAGCUGGAGGCCAUGUCACGCAGCUGCGAGGACAGGUAUGCGGCACAACUGGGUCGCAACGGCCACAAGAAGUGGAGUAGUCUGGAUAAUGUGAGCGCGGCGGCCUCCAGGCGGUCCGUGGCCAUCCUCUCGUGAUCCUACGUUCUACCCUAUAGUUGUUGUUAACACACACACACACACACACAUAUAUGGAAUGUUGAGGGGGGGUCAGUCCCUCUGCCUUGGUGCGAGGGGGAUCCUCU